AUUGUGUUAAUUUAUUUAUUUAGAUUUCUGCCUUUAGAUUCUAGUAAUCUUCUUAAAAUCUAUUUAAAAUGUAUUGUAGUUCUUGUAUGAGAUCUAGAUUCUAGCUAGAUCUUAGCUUAUAUGAUACAGACGUUACUUCUAUAUUACAAAGCUCAUAUAGCAUUGAUGGCUCCUUCAUCUAGAACUGGAGCUGGAUAUCUGUACCAGUACACCAACUGUCGUAUUUUAAGAAAUGGAAAAAUCAUUCGUGAAGACUUGUGGGUGAGAAGUGGAGUAAUUAUGAACCCAGAGAUACUGUUUUAUGUUGAGAAAGUCAGUGCAGACCAAAAGAUUGAUUGUAAAAAUUUGAUAAUAGCUCCAGGAUUUAUUGAUGUUCAAAUAAAUGGUGGUUUUGGUUUUGAUUUCUCUACUGACACCAAUAUUGAGAAAUCUUUACAGAAAGUAGCAUUUGGUAUUUUGGCUCAUGGAGUGACAUCCUUCUGUCCAACGAUUAUAACUUCCACACCAAAUUUUUAUCAUAAGAUCCUGCCUGGUAUCAAGAAAUGUUCUGGAAGUGAAAUGGGAGCAGGUGUACUGGGUGCUCAUCUUGAAGGUCCAUUUAUUAGUCCAGAUAGGAAUGGGGCUCACCCAAAACAGUGUAUCAAGAGUUAUGACAAUGGCUUUGUUGAUGUCCUGGAUAUGUAUGGAGAUUUGUCUAAUGUCGCUUUGGUUACUCUUGCACCUGAAAAACAAAAUUCCUUGCAAGUUGUUGAAGAGUUGUGUAAAAGGGGAAUAGUUGUUUCACUUGGCCAUUCCAGUGCUAAUUUACUUGAAGGUGAAGAGGCUGUCAGAUCAGGCGCUAAAUUCAUCACUCAUCUAUUUAAUGCAAUGUUGCCUUUCCAUCAUCGUGAUCCUCAUCUGGUUGGUUUAUUGACAAGUGAAAAACUUCCUCGAAAUCGUCAAGUUUUCUAUGGUAUCAUAGCUGAUGGAAUACACACUCACCCAGCGGCUUUACGAAUUGCUCACAGAGUUCAUCCAAAAGGCACUGUACUUGUUACUGAUGCCAUUCAAGCCAUGGGACUACCUGAUGGAACUUAUCCUUUUGGGGAACAAACUAUUGUUGUGGAAGGAAAAUAUUCUUACAUCAAGGACACAAAAACUUUAGCUGGAAGCAUGGCGACACUUGACACUUGUGUUCGACUUUUUGCUAAACAAACAGGAUGUGGCCCAGAACUAGCUUUAGAAGCUGCAUCUUUGCAUCCUGCUCAACUUUUAGGGAUCGAAGACAGAAAAGGUACUCUCAAUUUCGACAGUGAUGCUGAUUUUGUUUUAUUGGAUGAUGACCUAAAUGUCAAGGCCACGUAUAUUGCUGGGAAGUGUGUUUAUCAAUACAAGGAUUAUGUACAUAGUCCUACAAAUUGACCAUUUCUUAAAAUCCUGAAUACUGGCCCCAUGUCUAGUGCCACUGAUUUGCUAUAUUGUUAAACAAUUCUAAAAAUUUCUUCUUUUUCUUUUGUAUGGAAUGCUACACUAACUGCAGCUAAAAAUGUGAGCAAUAAUAAAUAUUUCAGUUUUACUGUAUUGAUUAGUACUAGUCUGUAGGCUUGGUUUCAUGUCUUCUGAUGGAAAGAUGUGGGUUCACAUGCUCACAAAUGUUAUUUGUAACACUUCAUUGAAAUCAAUAACAUGAUACAGGGAAGUUUUUAACAUUAUGCAGUCUUUUUGUGUGUGUUUGGUUUAAAUGUAGUUGUUUUAGUCUAGAGGUUUUCCUCUUUUUUUGGUGAUAACCUUUAAUUUGUUUGAUAGAGUUACAAGAAUGUCUGUUAUUAAGACUUACACAGAAGUAACUUAGAACAGACAUGCCCACAACUUCAUUUGGGGGGGGGGGGGGGGGGGGUUCCUAGAAAUUUUAACCAUCUGGGUUACAGAUCACACAAUAGCACAAGUUUAAUGGAAACAAGCCUUUGUAGCUUCAUUAUUAAAUACAUUAUCAAUAUGGGCUGGAGUUUUGAAGGGCUAGAUAGCACUCUGUUGUAUGACUUGGUACUUGAGGUUUCAUUUUCAUAAAGGUAUAGUUUGUUUGUUUUUUUUGGUUAAAUUAUGUCAUUUCAUUAAAGGAUUAAGUUAAUGUAGAAUCCUGGACUGCCAAUUGAACUGUGGUAGUAUUGAUACGCUAGAAGUGUAUUUGAUGAAACAUACUACCAUAGUUUUUUUAAAUGAAAAAAAAAAACAAAUGUGUGUAAAUGUGUUCAUUUUAACAAUUUUUUACUUUCCUGCAUUUCAUAAUUCUAUUCAUUUUGAUUCUAUCAGAGAUGUUUAUUAACUUUUAGAACAUUCCAUUCUAUAUUUUAACUAUAUAUACAAUCCGAGUAUGUCUAAAUUAGUCGAUAUGUUUAGAUCUGCAUUGUCAGACAAAUUAUUUAUAUUAAACAAUAAAAGAAAAAAACAUUUACAA